UAUCGAUGUUGUUGUUUUGUGAGCCACAUUUAAUUUGCCAAUCGCCCCAGCAAAGAUUAUGAAUACGAAUGAGGAAAAAUGAAAAUUUGCACAAAAAUUCGAAGCAUUUUUCAUACCUAUUUUUUGGGACUCUUACUUUUUUCUAGCCUAUUUAGCCUCGAGGGUAAAUGUAAUUAAUCGAUCCGUAGAAUGGGCAGAAGUAUAAAAACGUUGGGCACUGUCUACCGACUAUCACAGUUCCAAUUGCGAUUUAGGCCAAGCAAGUCGAUCAGAAACUAACGAAAAUGGCUCACAAACUAACCAUCCUCUGCUGUGCUCUUUUGGGAGUGGCCGCUGCCAGUUACAUUCCCCACGGAGGACACGAUCACGGAUACAGCAUCCAGACGCACCACGAGGCACCCAAGCAGUGGCAGGAUCACCAGCAGGAUCACCACUCGUGGGCCCCAGUUCAGGAUCACCAUCACCAGCAGUGGGCACAUGAUAGUCACCAGCAGUGGAGUCACCACGAGGAGCCCCACCAGCAGUGGAGUCACCACGAGGAUCCCCACCACCACCCCAAGUACGAGUUCGACUACGGAGUGAAGGACACCAAGACCGGGGACAUCAAGCAGCAGUGGGAGACCCGCGAUGGCGACAAGGUCAAGGGGGGCUACACCAUGAAGGAGGCCGACGGACGCACCAGGAUCGUUGAGUACUCCGCGGAUGCCCACAACGGAUUCCAGGCCACGGUCAAGCACGUCGGACAUGCCGAUCACUACGAGCACAGCCACGGACAUGGACACGGACAUGGACAUAGUCAGGAAUACGGACAUGGACACGGUCAUGCCACCAGCUACGCCCAUGUCAAACAGGACACCAGCAGCAAGUGGGAGGACAAGAGCAGCAAGUGGUGGUAAAGGAGCUAACCAAACUGACUGAUAAACCGAUUCGAACUUACUAAAUUAUUGUAAAUACAAACGACAAAAUUGAAAACAAUAGUUGUAAAUAAAUAAAGAAAAGCAAGGUGCAGAAAAUGCGAUAACUUAU